UAUGUAUUAAAUAUAUAAUGCAUUUUCAUUGGAUACAUACAUGUACACACAGAGAUAAUUUGUACAAAGCAACAAAGACGACAGGCAAUUGAUGCUUGACACUCGCUGACCAGUUUGAUUUUGAUUUGCUAAUCAAUCGAAUUGAAAGAAACAAUCGCGGGCGGAGAAAGUUGGAACGAUACCUACAUACUUUCGUUCUUUCACAUCAGAACGUCGUGGACACUCGUACGAGAGAGACGGGAUUCAAAAUUUUUUGAAGAUUUUUUUUGCCUUUACGACAUUUUUCACAUGAGCUGAUGUGAAGGGUACAGUGAACUUAGGUACUAAAAUCUUAUUGUAAAAUGAAGUUCCUAAGAAUCAAAAGGGUUCUCUAUAAAUAAUUGGCUUCAGCAAACUUCAUAAUAGGACAUCAGCCUUGCUAUACAAACUUAACAUUUAGCAAUAACUAAAAAUUAUGCGAGCAAGUCAGCUAUUCUUAGCUACGAUGGUACCUGUCAUCAUAGCUGAUUUUUGGUAUAAUGGAGUAUUUCUGCUAUGGACCAUGAAAGUAUCAAUCUGCAUUUACAUUUUCCUAUUUGGAUUACUCCCUCUUGUUUUUCGAUACUCAUAUCAAGUACAAAAAAAGAUACUUUUUCUGAAUUUUGUACACUGGCCUGUAGGAGUUGAUAUUACAAAGCCUGAAACUGUGGGAAUGAAAGGAACAAGAAAUUUUUAUCUUACUACUGAUGAAAAUGUUAAAAUUGGUGCUUGGCAAAUAUUGCCACAGUCUUUGAUGAACCAGACCAUUCCAGACAAUGAAGAAGCUUACGAAGCAUUAUUGAAAAAUGCCAGCAGGCCAGUAUUUUUGUAUAUGCAUGGGAAUAGUGGCAACAGAGCGAGCAGUCAUAGGGUGGAGCUUUAUCAAUUAUUUCAAAGACUUGAUUUUCAUGUGAUCUGUUUUGAUUACCGAAGUUAUGGAGAUAGUGAUAAUGUUGACUUAUCUGAAAUGGGAGUUGUUCAUGACAGCAAGUUUGUACUUGAAUGGCUGAUUAAAAUUGUAAAUAAUUCAGCUCCAAUUUUUGUCUGGGGUCAUUCGCUUGGUACUGGAGUUUCAUCUCACGUUCUUGCUAUACUUGCGAGUAAUGGAAUAAACCCAGCAGGGCUAUUUUUAGAAUCUCCAUUUAACAAUCUUGCUGAUGAAAUAACAGAGCAUCCAUUUGCUCAGGUAUUCAAACACUUACCAUGGUUUCAUUGGAUCAUUGUGCAGCCUCUUUAUGACAAUGAACUGAGGUUUGAAUCUGACAAGCAUAUUGGGAAAAUUCAAUGUCCUGUUAUGAUUUUACAUGCUGAAGAUGAUAAUGUUGUUCCAUUUUCAUUAGGAGAAAAGCUUUUUAUUGCUGCGAAAGCGUUACAUGUAGAUGAUAUGCAACGAAUACAAAUGACCAGAAUAAACGCCUCGUAUGGACUUGGACAUAAAUACAUAUGCCGGUACAAAGAUUUACCGAGAAUAAUUGAAAAUUUUGUAACACAAUCUACAGCUGGAGAAAAGAUAUGAAGAAACUAGCAUAAUUUUACCGUAUCCCAUUCCUUAGUCUCGCUGUUCAGCGUGAUUUUCCUCAAUGAUCAGAGGUUUUGCUGAUAAUCAAAUCAAAAUAUCAUGAUGACUGUACUUAUGCGAAUAUGUGAUGUAUUGUGUGUUUUAUGAGACAAUUUUUCUGUCUAUUUGAUGUGUUAAUCAUGCAAAAAAUCACGAAAGCGUCAACUGCACUUUUAUCGUGUCAUCGUUAGUUACAUAAUUUAAAAAUGACGUCUGCAGAUAGUAAUUAAGAAGCAUAUUUAUGUUCAAUAAUGUUCGGGCUAUAAUGAGUAUUGAGCUGGAAAAUUUCCUUUAGCUAAAUACCGAAUUGCUUAAGAAAUGUAAUUUCAAGCAAAUUACGACGAAAACUAAUGGUGUUUCUAUGCCUGAGUGUUCCAAACCCACGAUUAAACGGACUAAAGUAAUUUUAAUUUAUACAAAGUGUAAAUUAUCAUUCGAAUCUUUACUACUUUUUUUUUAUUGUCAUACUCAUAUUUGUAAAAUAAUUAUAAAUAUAAUAUUUAAUUUUUUAAAUGUAUAAUAAAAAUAAUAAAAA